GCUUCAUUUAAUAUUAAUAGUCUACACCAUGGCUGUAGCUUCAUCGGCAUGGGCUGUGCCGGAUCACAUCCUGGAGAGCAUUUUUGGCUAUGCGACUGGUCUCGGCCGCAAGGCGAACGAGUACAACGACUGUGGCCGCUGUAUGCCAACGAGUUCGCUGAUGGGCAUGCUGUGGGUGGACCGGUACUGGAGAUCGGCGAUUCGGCCGCUGUUCUUCCGUAACGCAGUCGUAUCUAAGAGAGAUGCUCGGUUUGACUGGAAGAUGGGCGGGCAAUUUCGCAUGAACCUCCGCGAUGCUGUCGCCAUGGGUGCUGAGAACCUAGUACAGUCGGUGGAGCUACACUAUGAGCUCUAUUACCUGCUAAACGAGCAGACAAAGGGCGACCCGCUGUACCAGGUGUGGCUCAACAGUAUCCGGUUCGUGGGCACGAGACAGUUGAUAUUCAGCUGCGACUACUUUGAAGUUACCGAGUAUAUGUAUGUUGACAUCCUUGCUCGGCGAGCCGCAGAGUACAGCCAGCGCCUCGAUGAGCUGUUUCCGAACUUGGAGUCCAAGGUGUUCCAGCAGUUCUACUACCCCAGCUUUGACUCGACGAAGAGCUCGCGUAUCGUUGCUGCCAUGUGUGGGCGCACACGGCGCAUAUCGCUAGACAACGACUGGCUCAAGAUCGAGCCGUGCGUCCUGCCGCCCAUCACCAAGCUCACGUACACACUGGCAGACAACACGCCACCCGACGAUUUCUUUGCAUAUCUCUACAGCAUUGCACCUACGCUCGAGUUCCUGAGCCUCCGCGAUCCACGCUCUCUAGUAUGGACCCGUGUCGUGCAGCACGCCAACGAAUCUCCGGUCGUCUAUCCACGGCUGCAGACCCUGCACAUCAACUGCUACUAUGUGGUCUCGCAUUGGCACCACCGGCCCAACCACACUGAGGAUGUAGUGGUCCCAAUUGGCCCGCGUUCUGCGCCCGCCGGAGUGCCCUUCCCAGCGCUGCGUGAAAUUGGCUGCAAGCCAGCAUAUCCAUUUGCCAACGAUGUUGUGUUUCGCGGAAACAGGGCAGUGCUCAAGCGUGCAGGCUUUCUCCUCGACAGCACGUCAUUCAGAUUGCUCGAGAGCGCCGGCGUGUUCGACAGCCACGCGUUCCCAGCCAUGGCCAACAUCAGGCUUGGUGAUUCGCGCAGGGCGUCGAGGCAUCCGCAGAGAGUUGUCGAGAAGCUGCUACUAAGGGCAUUCUGCAUGGCGCCCAAUGCAUCCACGGCAUUUGUGCGCCUCGACCUCAACAACCCAGUCAUGGGCAAUGCAGCCCUGGUGGCUGCGCUCAGCUCCGCGCCCGCCAGCCUGCAGAACCUGGUACUUCCGAACGUCAUGCUUGGUCUCCAACACGCCUUACAUAUGCUUAAUUUGCUGCCCAAUUUGCGCCACCUGACUCUUGCCCUCAGCAGUGAGACAGAUGACGAGCAGGCGAUGGUGCGUGUCUUGGCAAGCGGUGCCCUGCGAACCCGCGUCACUAAUCUGACGUUUAUGUUGGAUAUGAUCCGCUCGACGGAGCUCGCUGCAGAGCACAUCCGCGUGCUGGCUGCACCUAUUAAAACUCUGCGCUUGGUCACGGUUUCGGGGCCCCAAAUGGCAGAGGUCGCUGCCAGGCUCCGGGAGCUGCCGGCCAGGCCCGAGUUUACGGAGCUUGGUACCAGAAUGGCAGACAUCGCGGUGCACUGCAGGCGUCUGAAUGCCGCUGAUUUUCCGUUCUGAAACUAUUGGGAUUAGUUCCGUCUUCAUUUCACUUUGGCAGACAUGACUUCUGGGGGGCUUGUUCAUGCAUCGAAGCUGUUGGAGGACUUUCCACAUUCGGUUUUGGCUGUGCAUGUCCCCCCUAUGACGUCGUAUCUUGACCGCCUCCUACCUUGCCUGUCAGUCGCCAGAUGCCACCUACGUCGCCUGUUUUCCCGCACUCG